CGGCCCAGCCCAGGCCAGCCUAGCCCGGCCCAGCCUAGCCCAGCCCAGCCCAGCCCAGCUCUGCUCCGCGUUCGCUCGCUGUCGCUGUCGCUGUCGCGGCUGCGCCUGGCAGGUAGGUGUCUGUCAGCGCUCACUCUUCUCUCGGAGUUGCUCCGCUAGCUCCUGCGCAUCAUCCCGAGCUUCACCGAAGGAGUGAAGGAAGGACUGGGUUGAGCUAAGUGUCAGGACCUGUUUUGAUGAAGAUGCAUGUUUCUGCUAGAACACUGUAGCUGGAGGAUCCAGGUCUGGGCAGACUUGACCAUGGGAGCCAACACUUCAAGCAAAGCACCAGUGUUUGAUGAAAAUGAAGAUGUCAACUUUGACCACUUUGAAAUUUUGCGAGCCAUCGGGAAAGGCAGUUUUGGGAAGGUCUGCAUUGUACAGAAGAAUGAUACCAAGAAGAUGUAUGCAAUGAAAUACAUGAAUAAACAGAAGUGCGUGGAGCGCAAUGAAGUGAGAAAUGUCUUCAAGGAACUUCAGAUCAUGCAGGGUCUGGAGCACCCCUUCCUGGUUAAUCUGUGGUAUUCCUUCCAGGAUGAAGAAGACAUGUUCAUGGUGGUGGACCUUCUGCUGGGUGGGGACCUGCGUUAUCACCUGCAGCAGAAUGUCCGCUUCCAGGAAGACACAGUGAAGCUCUUCAUCUGUGAGCUCGCCAUGGCCCUGGACUACCUGCAGAGCCAGCGCAUCAUUCACAGCCUGACAAUAUUUUACUUGACGAACAUGGGCAUGUGCACAUCACGGAUUUCAACAUUGCUGCAAUGCUGCCCAGGGAGAUGCGGAUCACCACCAUGGCUGGCACCAAGCCUUACAUGGCACCUGAGAUGUUUAACUCCAGAAAAGAAGCAGGCUAUUCCUUUGCUGUUGACUGGUGGUCUCUAGGAGUGACAGCGUAUGAGCUCUUGAGAGGCCGGAGACCAUAUCAUAUUCGCUCCAGUACUUCCAGCAAAGAAAUCGCACACAUGUUUGAGACAGCUAUUGUGAGUUACCCUUCUGCCUGGUCACAGGAAAUGGUGUCACUUCUUAAAAAGCUACUUGAACCUAAUCCGGACGAACGAUUCUCUCACUUGUCAGAUGUGCAGAACUUCCCGUAUAUGAACGAUAUGAACUGGGAUGCGGUUUUGGAGAAGAGGCUCAUUCCAGGUUUUAUUCCUAAUAAAGGCAGGCUGAAUUGUGACCCCACUUUUGAACUUGAAGAAAUGAUUUUGGAGUCCAAACCUCUUCACAAGAAAAAGAAGCGUCUGGCAAAGAAGAAGGAGAUGCGGAAAUGUGAUUCCUCUGAGAUGUGCCUUCUUCAAGAGCACCUUGAAUCUGUCCAGAAGGAGUUUAUAAUUUUCAACAGAGAAAAAGUAAGGAGGGACUUUAAUAAGCGGCAAGCAAAUCUAGCCUUGGAACAAACCAAAGAGCCACAAGAAGACAAUGGUCAGAAUAGCAAUCUUUAAAGACCUCCACAUCUUCUUGGGAUAUUUCUUGGCACCACAGGCCAGGAAUUUCUAAUGAUCCACGUCAAGAGGAGCAGAUGGAAGUUCUCGCCACUUCAUGCCUCAUGAUGCAGAAAAUGUGAAUGAGUAUCUUUCAAAGAAGGCGGCACAGCAGUGACGAGAGGCCUGAGCCUAAACUCCUGGGCUGAAGUUUCUCCACUAUGUGACCUUUAGCAAGUCUCUUAUUACUUUCUCUGCUUUAGUUUCUUCACCUAAAAGGAGAGGGUUGUACGAGAUAAGCUGAACUCUACCUUUUUAGUGCUACAAUUAUGAUACUAAACAGCCUUUAUUUUUAUUUUAAAAGGAAAUUUGAGGUAGCUUUUAUUUUUCCACUUCUUGUAAGUACACUGUGACAUGUGGGUAAAUGGACAUUGGACUCAAUGAGGCUCUUCAGAGCUAGAAAACAUUCUAAAAAGGUGAGACCCCCCCCCCCACGAAGCCUGACUGAUAGGAAUAAAGAACCCCAUCAGGAUGAAUGGGACCAGAAUAAAUGUAACACAGAUUCAUGGGGGCCUUCCAGAUAUGAGCUGGAGUCAGCUCACGUCAGCCUGUGUUUGCUACAAGAGCCUACUGUGCACCUUCCUCCCCAAGUCUCCCUUUGGUGAUGUGAAGUUGGGAACUUGAAAUUAGUGAUGAUGGGAGUACUUAAACCCUGGAAGUCAGUAAAUGCUGCACAUCGAGGCUCCCCCCUCCCACCACCAUAAGCCACUUGUUAAACGUGAGCACACCACUUGCCUCUUCCAGUAAGUGUGUUCCUUGUGGGCUAAUCGUCUUCUGAAGUUUAACAGAAACCUGUAUCUUGAGAGAAUCCAAAAAGAAAAACAAGAAAGAAUACUGCCACGCUGAAAGCAUGUUCACCUCACAGUUCAGUGAAGUUGUGUCUUACACAGGGGUCAUAGUCUAGGUUAGAAAUGAAUCUGAAAAACAGUAAAAUGUUCCCUUGAAAAUCCCUUACAUCACUCAUAACAAAUGGGAAGUGCCUUUUCUCAGGAAAGCCCAGCACAAUGAGUCACCUUGGGAGUAAACAAGUCACUGGUUUUGUUUUGCUUUGCUUCUUCAUUUUGAUGCCGAUCUCAUUUUGGCGCAUGUCAGAUGGACUAACCUAUUGAACAAUGAUACACUUCUAUGUAGGCUAGCAUUAUAUUUGAGACGAUGGAUUGCUAACUCAUCUGAGAGGUCUAAGUUUAUGGAGACUGUAAGAACAAUGGUACCCUGUCUCCCACAUCCCUUGUGUUUAGCAAGAAUGGCAGGAAGCAUUGCCUAAAUGUUUAAAAUAUUAUUGCUAUCUUACUCUUUCUUUAUAUGUUUAUUUAUUUGUC